AUGUCACAACCUAGGCUUGGCAGUAUGGGCUUGGCGAUGGCUGGGAACGUUCAGAAGUAUAUCCAACGGGAAGGAAAGCCAGCAUUGAACAUUUGGAAUCGAACGGCAUCGCGCGGCGAACCUCUCGUGGCGCUCGGGGCGGUUUCAUGCGAGUCAAUUGCCCAGCUUGUCGCUGAAUGUGAUAUUGUGUUCAUAUCAACCAGUGACGAUGCCGCUUUAGUUGACAUUGUAGAUCAAGCGUUGAGUGUUUUGGAUCUCGCUGGGAAGAUCUUCGUGGAUACAACCACUGUUCAUCCUAACACGACCAAAGAAACCAGCAGCAGGCUAACCGGGCGAAAUGCGGCCCUCAUUGCCGCACCGGUGUUUGGAGCCACGCCGGCGGCACAGAGUGGCUCGGUUCUGAUGGCUAUGAGCGGGCCAAGUGAUGCUGUCGCAAGAGUUGCGCCGUUCGGAAAAGGUGUCAUCGCACGGGAUGUAAUGAUCGUCUCUGAUCAGCCGGAGAAAGCGACUCUUUUGAAGACGCUAGGCAACUUCAUUGUUGCCGGAACAAUGGAAAUCAUCGGAGAAGCCCAGGUGCUAGCUGAAAAGAGUGAUCUCGGCAGCGAUACGCUUGAGCAAUUGCUCGCGUUGAACUUCCCAGGCCUGGCACAUUCCUCCUCUACUCGCAUGACACAGGGUGUCUAUGUCCCUGCGAAAGGCGAGUCUCCUUGGUCCAGUUUGAAUCUCGGGAUCAAAGAUGUCCAGCAUGGAAUCACCGCUGCAGAGGAUGUGGGCACGCGACUGAAGGUUGCGGAGGUGGCAUUGGAGAACAUGGUGCGAGCCAAGGCCUUUUCGGAAGCGCAAGGCGAUCAAAACUUGGAUUCAUCUGCUGGGUAUGGCAUCAUUCGUCAAGAUGCGGGACUUGAUUUUGAGAACGCGUUUGUGAAAAAGAGAGAUGCCGACAAUUGA